AUAACAUUAAAAGUUGCUGACUACAUGUAAAUAUGUUACUAUAAUUUAAAAAUCAAACUUUUUUAAGAAGACCAUUGUGAGUAAAUCUUGCUAUUAAAUAGAGAUUUGAAUUCCAAGUUUCUUACCAAGCCAAAUAUGGCAUUAGUUCGUAUACAUGUUGUUGACUCAUAAGCAAAAAAAAAAAAAAAAAAUUCCUCAUUUAAUAUGACAAAAUUAUAUAUACAUAUAAUAUAUAGAUGCGUGAGUGUAUAAAAACCCAGAAGCGUAUUUGAAUCUCUAUCUGUCUCUCUCUCCCUCUCUCCUCUGUGUUAAAAUGGGCUUAAAGGAUAACGUCAUUUCUUAUGGCUCUGCAUUAGUUGUAUCGCUUCUUCUUCUUCUUCUUCUUCAAGAAGCAGAGGGAUGUGAUAUGUUCACGGGACGGUGGGUGAAGGACGCUUCCUAUCCGCUCUACGAUUCCUCCACGUGUCCAUUCAUACGACGCGAGUUCUCUUGCAAGAAAAAUGGACGGCCGGAUCUCGAUUACUCUACCUUCAGAUGGCAGCCUCAGGGCUGCAAAUUAGCAAGGUUCAAUGGAGUGGCGUUUUUGGAGAAAAAUAAAGGGAAGAAGAUAAUGUUUGUUGGUGAUUCUCUUAGCCUGAAUCAAUGGCAAUCUUUGACAUGUUUGCUUCACUCUUCUGUUCCAAAUUCUCCCUAUAAUUUAACCACGCAAGGAAGUAUCUCAACCUUCACAUUCCAGGAGUAUGGAGUGGAAGUGAAGCUUGAUAGGAAUGUGUAUUUGGUAGAUAUAGUUAGAGAGAAGACUGGGAGAGUGUUGAAGCUUGAUUCGAUCAACGAUGGAAAGAAUUGGUCAGAAAUGGAUACAUUGAUUUUCAAUACAUGGCAUUGGUGGAGCCGUAGAGGUCCUACACAACCAUGGGAUUGGAUUCAAAUAGGGAGUAACGUUACAAAGGACAUGGACCGUGUGGCAGCUUUCGAGAUUGCACUUGGGACUUGGGGCAAAUGGGUCGAUACGGUCGUAGAUACUAAGAAAACUAAAGUCUUUUUCCAAGGAAUCUCACCCUCUCAUUACAAAGGAGCUCUAUGGGGUGAACCAACGGCGAAGAGUUGCGCGGGACAGAAGGAACCACUUUUGGGGACAAGCUAUCCAGGAGGAUUGCCUGCAGAAGUUGGAGUUUUGAAGAGAGCACUCGGCAAAAUUACUAAACCGGUGACUUUGCUAGACAUUACAAUGCUUUCAUUGCUUCGGAAAGAUGGUCAUCCUUCGGCUUACGGUCUUGGCGGUCAAACCGGUAAUGAUUGCAGCCACUGGUGUCUCUCUGGAGUACCGGAUGCUUGGAAUGAGAUUCUUUACAAUUACAUGGUUGUUUAGUGAGAAAAUUUUCAACAUAGGAAACAAAAAAGUAUACCCAUAUUUGUUAUUGUGUUUGUGAUUCUAUUUGAAACUGAAUAAAAAAAGAAAGGUCCGUUAUUAAGAAGAUAAACAGUAAAUCGAAAAUAUGCAGAGUGAGGUUGAG